AUGGCGGAAAGUGACCGCGAGGGAUUCAAUUAUGGAAAAUAUGGCGAGGGCUAUACUGCCUCUACGGAAGUCAUCCGAGAGCAAGAGUACCCUAAUCUGAAUAGUAUGCCCCCUUCCUUGAUACCAUUCCGAUCCACCUAUACUGAUUAUCAUCCUUUACGGGGCACAGAGACAAUUUAUCUUGAUCAUGCCGGUACAACGAUUUAUGCCAAGUCAUUGAUCACGGCGUUCUCGCGUGAGAUGAAUUCCAGUCUGUUUGGAAAUCCCCAUUCAAUGUCUCUUUCUUCGCAAUUGUCCACACGGCGGACAGAAGAGGUGCGAACACGGGUCCUUCACUUCUUUAAUGCUAGCCCCGAGGAGUUCGAUGUGGUUUUUGUGGCAAACGCGACAGCUGCUAUCAAAUUGGUAGCCGACUCGUUUCGGGAUUGUGAUUCUCGGGGUUUCUGGUAUGGGUAUCAUGUUGACUCCCAUACCAGUGUCGUUGGUGUCAGGGAAGUUGCCGAGAUGGGUUAUCAAUGCUUCCAAGAUGUCGAUGUGGAUGCUUGGGUCGCCGAGUUAGGCACAGCUCAGCUAAAAGCACCCAGACUGUUCGCAUUCCCAGCUCAGUCUAACAUGAACGGUCGACGUCUCCCAAUCCGUUGGUGUGAGCAGAUUCGCUCCGCUGCGAAUGAAACAGGGAACGUAUUCACUCUUCUUGAUGCUUCCUCGUUUGUGUCGACCGCUCCUCUCGACCUAGGUAAAGCAACCGAUGCUCCUGACUUUACGGCAUUGAGCUUUUACAAGAUCUUUGGGUUCCCUGAUCUCGGAGCGUUGAUUGUCCGAAAAAGCGCGGCCCACAUUCUCGAACGACGAAAGUUCUUUGGCGGGGGCACAGUAGAUAUGCUUGAGGACGGAACUCUUCCUUUUCACAGCAUUAUCGCGCUGGGUGCCGCCAUUGACACUCAUAAACGUCUGUACGGGUCCAUGGCAAAUAUUUCUGCCCACACUGGGUUCCUCGCUAAGCGAGUCUAUGAUCGACUCUCUGCAAUGGCACAUUUCAAUGACUCCAAGGUCUGUCAGAUCUACCAAUCAGACUAUGCAAACCCAGCUUUGCAGGGCCCGAUCAUCGCUUUCAACCUGAGAAAUAGUCGAGGGGAAUGGGUUCCAAAGACCGAGGUAGAAAGUCUAGCCACAAUGCAGAAUAUCCAACUACGUUCUGGAUCAGUGUGCAAUCCUGGAGGAACGGCCUUCUCUCUUGGAUGGACCAGCCAAGAGCUGCGCCGUCAUUAUGCCGCUGGGUUGCGAUGUGGCGAUGAUCACGACUUGUUAGAUGGCCGGCCGACUGGUAUUGUCCGUGUCAGCCUGGGGGCAAUGACCAACCUGGAGGAUAUUGACUCGCUGAUUGAUUUCAUCGAGAAGUUCUAUGUUGAAAAGGUGCCUCCAUUGGUCUCACUGACUCCUCCCCUGGGUAAAGACACCCUGUUCGCUCCUCACUUUUAUGUUGAAAGUGUCACCAUAUUCCCCAUCAAAGGUUGUGGCGCAUUUAAAGUCCCUGAAGGUCAAAGUUGGGAAAUCAAAAAAGAGGGAAUCGCAUGGGAUCAGGAAUGGCAUCUCAUCCAUGCUGGGUCUGGUGUGCCUAUGAAUCAGUGGGAGCACCCUCGGAUGGCUCUCAUAUGUCCCUCUGUUGAUGUUGACCGCAACAUACUUCGCAUCACCUGUGCCGCCAAGGCUGCAAAUGACGAACUAAGCCUUGAAAUACCUCUUACAUGGAGCCGCACAUGCAUGGGUACGAUGACUACUCCAGUUCGUUCGAGUUGCCAAAAACGGCCGGUCAGUGCCCACGGAGAUCAGUCGUGUCUUCGCGCCUACGCCUCCCCCGUGGUUUCGGCUUUCUUUUCCAAUUACUUGGGGGUAUCUUGUACACUCGCACGGUUUUCCUCACAGGACGCAGGCCAAGCUAUGCAACGACCACACCUUGGCGACACUUGGAAAGAUCGCUUACGGAGAUUCACCAGGCUCGGACUCCUCUCCUCCACUGAUCAAUUCCCCGGAGAGCUUGGCCAAAAAUAUCUGGCCGUGUCCAGAGAAACGGCCAUUUUGAUUAUUUCCAGGUCUUCACUCAAUUUUUUGAACGAGAAUAUCAAGGUCAACACCAAAUUUACAUCUAGAAUCGGCGGAAAUUUCACUGCAGAUGUAUUGCAGGGCAACAUUGUGAUCGCGGAGCGGACCUCCCAGCUAGGGCGCGCGGAACUGCCUUUUGUUGAGAAGUGGUCGUCCAUUUAUAUCGGACACGACGAGCUUCGCUUCGAUACUUUUGACCCGUGCCAGCGCUGCCAGAUGAUAUCUGUCGAUCAGGCUACGGGAAUGCGACGCAUGGAAAUACUUGCUGCUCUUCCCAAAAAGCAACAGAUCGAUGGAAAAGACGUGUUGGGUAGAUAUGCGGCUAUUUCCACAAUGGGAGCCACGGAAUCUGAGCCAGGGAGGCCCGGCAGAAGGUCGAUUAUGGUGGGAGAUGUUGUGCUACCAUCAUACCAGCAUGAUUGA